CUCUUUUUUGGUAUGUGCAUGCCACGGUGUGUCUGCAUGUCUGUUAUUCAUGUUGUGUGUGUGUUGUUGAUACCCUGCUGACUGGUGUGUCUCUCUCCCAGUGCUGUGGUACAACUCCGUAUGGUGUAGAGGACCGAGGGGUGCUGUGCUGUAACCAGACCUUGCACCAUGUGGUGGAGGAUGGGUACCAGUGCUCCCCAGGUGGCCACUUGUAUCUGCCAUCCCGUGACAUGGUGUGUGGCUCACGAGUUCAUCUGAACGAUCCAGGCAAACACUGCUGUGGGGAGGAGACAUAUUACCCUCAGAAUGAAAUCUGCUGCAACGGACACAAACACAGCAGGUGGGGGAACAAGUCCUGCUGCGGAGUCAAGGCUUAUGACCCCAGCUGUGACCAGAUGAAGUGCUGUGCAGGGACUCUGUACGACCUGCAGUUUCAGGACAGACUCUCAGAGGAGGCCCAGUGCUGUGGGAGUGUCCUGAUGGAGGCCGGUUCCACCCAGACCUGCUGCUCUGCCCCAGGGCUAGACCUGCUCUAUCCUACCCAGCAAGGGUUCACCUGCUGUGGGCACCGCUACCCCAACUCAUCCCUGUGGUCCUGCUGCGCGGGGGUCCUGCACCCAAGGCCUGAACCACACACCACCAGCAAGAACAUGAUUCCAGGACCCAGGCUUCUACCACUGGGGGAUCUGAAGACUGAAGUCCUGUGUCACAGCAGAGUUCUGGUAGGGACAGUGGAGAGUGUGUCUGUGAAGAUGAAUGAGCGGUCCAUCGUGAUGGUGAACGCCAUGUACAUGCUGGCCUCGCGUGGCCAUGUCAGCGCCGUGCCUUCCCCUCACUACGUCACAUUACCCGACCACUGCAGCUUCCCUGAACUGGUGCCGGGCAACACUUACAUCUGGGUGAAAAAUUAUUUCUCAGACACCAUAAGAUUCAUCUCUGAUCAUUCCUCCCCUCUCCAUUCCAUUCUCUCCAGGUGCUCAAAAUGAUACUGUUAACCAUGUUUUGAGGCAAUACAGUGUUUUGUUCACAAAUACAUUGCUUACAAAAAAUGUAUUUAAAACAAAACCCGUCUAUUUUGGGUUCUGAUGGGGUAGGACAGAUUAACUGAGCUCAUGAGGCAUACGUUAUAUUCUUCAAGAGUCAAUUUGUAUAUAAUUAAUUUAAAACUCAAACAAAAAUGUAUGUGGAUGAUGACCCAUUUAAGAUAUCAGUAUAUCUUUAAGCAAUUUGU